AUCAGUCAUGUAAACAGAAUUUUGACAGUUUAUUACGAUCAUUUGUUUUUGUUGAUAUUUUUCUCAGAAGUGCAUAUUAUAAUGAAAAUUAAAAAACCUAAGAAAUACAACCCGUAUCGUUAAGUUUACGUAUGCUAGUCGGCAGAUUCUGUUGACAUUUUAGCCACUUAAGGAUGAGUGACAACAACGCACAAUCUCGUCUCGUAUCAUAUGAACAAGUUAAGUCUAUCAUAGACUUCAUGGCACAACAUGUAGAGUUUGCAUCUGGCAGCCUUCGGUCUCUUGAAGCAAGACACACAUCUAAAAGGCUAUGGGAAGAACUGGCUAAAAUACUUAAUUCCUGCCGAGGGGGCACCAGAAAAACUACUGAUGGAUGGAGUAAGUAUUGGAGUGACUUCAAAAAUAAGUUAAAGAAUAAAGUUUGGUUGCUGAAGAGAAAGAAAGCUGGAAACUCUCUUAAGGGGAUAAGACCACUGACCAAACUGGAGAAGCGAGCGUUGGCAAUACUUGGGCCUUACUAUGAGAAGAAGAAGUCCAGAGAUGCUGAUUCACAAAUGAACAAUAUGCAUCCAAAAGUCAAAUUGGAAAGCAUCCAUGAGACUGUGCAUGUGAACAGUUUUAGUAAAUCAAAUAAUGGCAACACCCUCUCAGGUGGUGAGGAUGAAAGUGAUGAUAGUGCAGAGUCCUAUGAUGGUGAAUACACCAAUGAUAAUGAUCCAAAUGUACCAGCAUUACAGAGCAUUUAUCCGAAAUGGCUAAUAGAAGUAGAGAAAAAGCGUGCUGAUGCAGAAUUAAUAAGAGCUAAGGCAGAAGAGCAGCGUGCUGUAGUCGCUGCGAAGACUGCUGAAGCCUCACUGCUGCAGGCUGAAGCACUUAGGAGAUUGGCAGAUGCUGCCACUUCACAGGCAGAGGCUAUCAUGAGGAUAGCUGGUGUACUGGAAUCCAGGGCACAGAGAAACAGUAUGCUGGAUUUGUGAUUUAGGAAUUGGUGAAAUUAGUCCUUUAAAUUUCUAAUCUAUUGUUAAGAAUGAACCUCUACAAUGAAUCAAAAUGUAUUAUAUCAUGAAGCAUAACACAACAAACUAUGCUAGGAUAGAUCUCAUGAGGCUCACAAAGGAAUUGAAUCUUGUAUAUUGUGUAAUUUAAUU